CUUUAAUUAUUUGAUAUAUUGAUAUUUUACAAAAAUGUUUAUAAGUAAUUACUUCUUUGCAUAAGAUAUAUAUAUAAUAAAUGUGUUUAAGUGACAGUGUAUGUCAGUCAUGUUGUUUGUUUUAAAAUUGAUUUUUUGACUAAAUUAUGAAGAAUUGAAACUUAUAGCGCAGUGAUUAUUACUUUUAAAAUAUCUUUUUUUAAAUAUGUUUCAUCCUCUACAAAUAAAACAUGAAUGUAUGAGAAUAGAAGAUGUUAACUCUGAUGAUAAAGUUAAUACUCCAAAUAAUUCCAAAUAUUCAUUUAUUGAGGAAGAUUAUAAAUAUAAUGAAUUAUCACAAUUUUGGAAUCAUACACAGUUAUCUAAUGAAAUACAUUCCAAAAAUCAAAUCCAUGGUCAAUGCAGUUUAUUUCAAACUGAAGAAAAUAAUUCAUUAGCAUAUAUGAAAAAUUAUGUACAAAAUAAUACAAUUUUUCAAGUUAAUCAGGAAGAAAGUUUGAAUCAAAUGAAUCAAAGACAUCAUAUAGAUAUGACUCAAAAAAUUGAACAAUCACAAUUUCCUCAAAUCAACAAUAUACAAUCAACAAAAUUUGUAAAUCAAAUAGUAACAAUUUCUGAGCCUAUAUCUUCUACAAAAUCUAAUCGUCCUGGAAGACCAUCUAAAAAUUCUUCAGAAUUAAAUGUAGGAAAAAAACUUAAAUGUCAAUGUGAAAUAUGUUUUAAAGAAUUUGGACAUAAAAGUAAUUUAUUUAUACAUAUGAGAACUCAUAAUGGAGAACGGCCUUAUAAAUGUAAUCAAUGUGGGAAAUGUUUUACCCAUAGUGGAAAUUUAGCUAUCCAUAUGAGGACACAUUCUGGUGAAAGACCUUAUGGUUGUCAAAUAUGUGGAAAAAUGUUUAGUCAUAGUGGAAACUUAUCAACACAUUUAAGAACUCAUUCAGGUAUAAAACCAUAUAAAUGUGCUGUAUGUGGUAAAGAAUUUAGACAUAGUGGAAAUUUAUCAAUUCAUGAAAGGAUACAUUCUGGAAUUAAACCAUUUCAAUGUAAAGUUUGUGGAAAAGACUUUUAUCAUAGUGGAAAUUUAACAACUCAUAUGAAAAAACAUAUUAUAAAUAUUAACACUAACAAUCAAUAUGAUAACAAUGAAAAACAAGAAAUGAGUGAUGCAGUAAAUCUUAAUGCAACUAGAAAUUCAUUCAAUAAUUUACCAUUAACUCAAACUACUGAUAUUAAAAUAAUGUCUAAUAUAAACAAUAUUGUUCCUAUAAAAAAUGAAAGUAAUGAUGAAUAAAAUAAUAGUAAACUA